UUAUAGAAAAAGAUAGAAAUAUUAAUCAUAUGUUAACUAUAUUUUUAUUUAAAAAUCAUAAUAUAAAUAAUUACGUUAUAUAUUUCAUCUAUUUUAUCUUAAAAUUAAAAAAAUUAAAAAAAUGGAUGUUAAUAAGGCAAAGUUAUCAAAAAGUAUUUUAGAAAUGAAAUUUAUGAAACGUACUAAAGAAAAAGUGGAGAAACAACAAUUUCAAGAAGAGGGAGAAGAAUAUUUUGGAAAUGAAUUAACAAAACGUAUGAAGAAAGAUUCAGAAAGAUUUAUCAUUGAACCUAGUUAUGUUUUCUGUGAAAAGUUAACUGAUGGUAGAGUAAGUUUUCAAGGAAUGAAUCCUGAAAUAGAAAAAUUAAUGGAAGCAGAACAAAAGAAUGAAAAUAUUAAAAUAGAAAUACAAAAAGAAACAGAUAUUUCAGAUGAACAAAUGGCAAAAAGUUGGAAAACUUAUAGAAAAAUAACAAAAAAUGAACAUAAAUAUGAAAAAUCAUUACAAAAACAUAAUAAUAAUCAUGAACCAUUACCAAAAAAACCAAAAUUUUUAAAACCACAAUAUUAG